AUGGCAGAUGCAGAAUGGGAGGCUCACAAGGCAGAGAUCGAACGCCUUUACAUCAGAGAGAACAAAAAGCUAGAGGAGGUCUUGCAAUUCAUGGAAACAACACAUGGCUUUCGCAAAACGAAAAAUCAAUACACGGCAAGAUUUAAGAAAUGGGGUUUCAAGAAAUAUCGCAUGGGCGCUCUCAAGUGGAGACACGUCAACCGGGAAAUACAAAAGAGGGCAGCUGAAGGACAGAAUCUCGAAGUCUGGUUCGAUGGGGUCUAUUACGAUUCAAAAACAGUUCAGUUUGAGAUUCAUCGUCAGGGAUUUCAGAGAGAGAUUGACAAGUAUCAACCAUUGUCCCCAACACCUGAAGGACUUAUUGUGUGCUCCCCUGGUCCGUCGAUCUUCCAAAUUACAUGGCCACAGAAUCUCCCAUGGUUCAUUUUCUCCAUACCUGCGCUAAGCAGAUUACAAAACGUCCCGAGUAAGACUCACAUUCAACAAAUACUGUGGAUUCGGGAAAAGGACCUAUUUUCCCAAAUCAUAGAACGUGGUCUCAUUGAUUCUCUCGGCUCGCUUAUGAUCAAUAAUCAUGCCAAAGUGCUGCGCACCGGACGCAAUAGCUCCAGGGUAGCAGCAGCUCUGAGCUCAAUAAUGCCUGAACAACACGAAGGUCAAAACCUUUACAUAGCAGAAAGACUUUGCGGUCUCAGAGGUGGCAGUGAUGCCGUGGAGCGCUUACAAGUUGCACUUUUCCUGCUUUCCAACAGUUUUAAACGAGGAGGGCCUAGGACUAGCAAGGAAGAUCAAACGAUCAUGGCAACAUUCUAUCAAUCGGGCCUGGAUACCGUCAACAACCUAAAAUAUCUACUUUCCCUCCCCGGGGCAACAGCACAUGCUAUAUCGCACAAGCUUUUUGCAAGUGCGGUGAGAUCCCAGGACGUAAGGAUAGUUCGGAUGGCUUUGGAAGCUGGUAUGAGUCCUGAUAUACCGAUUAUUCAUGAUGGAUAUCCCGUGCGACCUUUGAUGCUGGCUUCCAACUUCAGAGACUCCCGAGCGGCUUUGGACAUGUGCAACUUGUUCCUAUCAUAUGGUUCUGGGCUCAAGGAUGUCAAAAUCCUAGAAAGGGCGCUCUGUGAAGCAAUCCGCUCAAGAAAUAAUGAGCUCAUCAAACUAUUUCUGGGUCGAAAUAUUCCUAUACCAGGAGAGGCAUUAAGCGCCGCAAUUAAGACGGGAACCCCAGGCCUUUUCUCUAUGCUCCUUGAUAUUGACCCCAAUAUUAACAAACGAAGCGGUGGUUCACAGGACCUUUCGAUCCUCGGGCUUGCUGUGGACCGAAACGAUGUGUCUCUGACACAAUAUCUGCUUGCCUUAGGCGCGGAUGUUGACGCAAUCCAACACGUUGAGUUCCGUGGAAACCGGAUUGUCAAGUCAACCACACUUGGACUCGCGAUAAGAAAAGGCAACAACGACAUAAUCAGUCUUCUUUUGGAUACCCAUCCAAAUAUCAACCACCAAGAGGCAUCAGGUAACUACGCCCCCCCACUCGUCUUAUCGGUUGAAUAUGGUGACAUCAAUAUCACACGGCGUCUGUUAUCCGCGGGUGCAGAAGUCUCUACUGGUGAUAAAUUCCAAGGUAUGAACCUCGUACAACGGGCUCUUGAGCGGAACGAUCUCAAAACUUCCAGACUGCUCAUCUCCUAUGGGUCCAGAGUAGAGCCAACUCAGAUGGAGGAUUACUAUACCUCCAUACUGUACAAAACUGUGGAGAUGAACAAUCUCGACACUGCAAUUUCCCUAUUGAGUUGGGGCGCAAGGAAGAAUGAAACUUUUUACGACAAGGUCCCAGACACCAUCCUCGGCGCAGCCAUAGUAGGUGGCCACUGCGAAAUGGUUGGAUCUCUUCUCCAAGCUGGAGCGACAAGAACUGGAAAAAGCCUGAUUCAAAUCGGAAACUUGGAAACUGCAAUGUACUUGGAACAGCUUGGGCUGCUGCCUCAAAUCCUCCAUCGCUAUGGUCAACCGAUACUCGUGUCUGCCAUUAGGAUGUCGCGGAGAAGCGAUAAUGGCCUUGUCCGAUAUUUGCUCGAUCGUAAUCGUGUUGGGUUUGGGCCGUACUGGAGGCUUUUGGAUUACGCCCCUGUUUGCCUAUCUCCGCUUGCAGCUGCAAUUUUUUACUUACGUUUCCCAGAGAGCUUUUCAUUGGCAAAGCUUUUGAUUUUACGAGGAGCAAGCAUCGGAGAUCUUGAACUGACAGCAGCAGUCGAGGAUUAUCGAUGCGGUUCGCAACAUUUUGGAAUUCUUCAACUGCUUUUGGACAAUUUGUCACAGCAGCCUUGUGCUGUCCCAAAUGCCUUCCAGAAGGCUUUACAAUAUGAUCACCUUGUUUUUCUUGUGCGGCGCUUUUUAGAAAUUGGUCUUGACCCCGGAGGCAAAGUUGUUGCUAGCGGAUUUCUGGACAAUAUUUUCCUGUACCAGCUGGACGGAGUCAUCGACUGCGAAGUUCUCGAUUCUAUCCUUGAGAGAGCAGUCAUUUGGCGAAAUGGUGCGUCACUUAGGACCCUUCUACAUUCUCGAACAUGGACUGCGGUUGAAAAAGGACGAGCGCUCACCACAGCUCUGCAUUACCGUCACAAAUCCGCGGUACAGGAUUUAUUGGAUGCCGGUGCGGAUGUGAAUCAGGCGAUCCGGAUUAGUUCUCGCUCCUAUCCGCCACUUUGGCUCGCCAUCAAGAGGCAGGAUAUCUCUCUAACUAGACGCCUGGUUGCUCUCGGUGCUGAUUAUGUCAACCGACCAGUCUCGUCUCAGUUUGGAAGGACGGCAUUACAAUCCGCGGUGGAAGGUGGAAAUGUUCAAAUAGUGGACAUGCUUUUGGACGCUGGAGCAGAUCCUAAUCAGUGUGCGGCUGAUGUUCAAUGCGGGACAGCGCUCCAAUUUGCUGCAAUCAAAGGAUACAUCGCUAUCGCUCGCAAACUACUGGCAAAGGGAGCCGACGUCAACGCAAAAAAGUCCUUGGUAAAUGGCAGAACAGCAUUGGAGGGGGCUGCGGAACAUGGUCGCAUUGAUAUGCUGCAGUUGCUUCUGAAUGAAGGUGCAUCAAUUGUGGCAAGUGGCCGCCGCCAAUACAUUCGAGCAGUUAAACUGGCAGAAAAGAAUGCCGAAUUCGGUGCAGCAAAGCUACUCAGAGACCAAGCGGGUUGGACUGAGUGGGAUGCAAGACAAUAUGAACAUGAGUUCGAUUCCAGGGAGAAAAGUUGA